AUGCUUUGCGACCUCCCGAACGAAGCCAUUGCCAUUAUCGCCAGCUUCUGUCAACCUGCGGAUCUUUGCGCACUGUCUCGGAGCUGCAAGCUACUCUACAGUCACGCGUCACCAGCUUUGUAUCGACAUAUUGUCGUCAAGAAUGGAACUGCGGAAUAUAUAAUGUGCGAUCUCGGGCGUGUUAUGUUCGAAACCGAUGAUGGGGAACGUCAUCCGCUGGAAGAACCUCGCCUCAGGGAAUUGUUGAGGCAGACUCGAAGCCUCGACAUUUCCCUCCACUGGUAUGAGCCUGACUUUUGGCAAACGAGGAGAAUCAUCGACGUAAUCAACGAUAUGGUGAAUCUACGCCAUAUGUCUCUUAUCUACAUUGAAGAGGAAGAGUACAUGAACGGUCAUGACCUGCCUCUCCCAUCGGUGCUGGCGGAAACACUGACCACUUGCACUGUUGGGUUCAAAGACUGGGCCAACUGGUCUAUUUGGAAGGCAACUUGCCUCUUCAAGCAUCCAUCUCUACGCCAACUCGAGCUCCACUGGGCUGCUUCCGCGGUGAAUGACGCUGUCGUUGAUGUGGGUUGUGGUUCGACGAGACUUGAGUCAUUGGCCCUCAUUGACUGCCUCAUCACUCCCGACGAUCUUUAUCAAGUAUUGCGUUACCCUCGCGCUUUACAGUACCUCACACUUGCAACCGACUUCAACGAUAAAGACAUGUAUGACGAUGAGCAAGUCAACUGCGCCGAUUACUUUUCUGCCAUUCGAAGGGCUUCUGGAAAGUCGCUACAGGGUCUCAGAUUCGAUGUGACCCAUUGGGGAAACAUAAUCGUGCCAGCGCCUGGUAUGCACGAGCUACGCGAUGUGCUUUACCUGGAAGUAGCUCCGGAUCACAUUGAGGUUGACAAACGGGUCUUAAACUUCCAAAACCCGAUACCAGACAUCGACUGCCCACUGGAACAACUCCUCCCGCCGAACCUUGAAGUCCUCAAAAUCACUCCCGCGGCCUCAGACCUUCCUACUCUGUGGAGUAUUCUGGAUCGAAAGUCGGAAAUCGUUCCUCAUCUCAGGAAGAUCAUCUUGACCCUUCACUAUCGAAAUAGGGUUAUGAAAAAGGAACUCAUUGCUGCUUUGCGAGAGCGUGACGAUUACGAAAAUGAUCCCGAGCUCUUCGAGCCUGAUGAGGAGGAUCUCGAGAAAAUAUAUCCUUGCGCAAGGAAGAGAGUGCUUCGGGCAUUCAGAGGCUGUUGCGAGAAACAGGGGGUGGAAUUGAUGCUCCUACAUGAGGACUCCAAGCGGAGGGAAGUAUUUGAAGAAGGCGCAGGACCAUCAGUGUGGGAGAUAGACGAUCAAGGCCGGCGAUAG